AUGGCUCAAAAAAUCACUACCAAUGGCUGGCAUGAUAAUGCGGCCGUGGAUGGUUCGUCUGUACUGCCACGCUUCACCCAUGAAUAUUUACGAUUCGACUCGAAACUCCAGCCUAAAAAGUAUGAGAUUCAAGUCGGCAAAGUCCCAAACGUGAACAGAAUCAGCAAAGAAUCCGACGUGCGCGUGAUAGAUGGACGAGGCCGCACUUUGAUGUCAGGAUUGGGGGAUGCCCACGCGCAUUUGACGUGGAACGACAAUGCUCUAGAAUUGUUAGGUACCGUCGGGGUGGAAGAGCAUACUCUCAUCACUGCGAAAUCGGCCCUUACUUAUUUGGACUCGGGAUAUACAAUGUGUUACGGUGCAGCCUCAGCAAAAGAUCGGCUAGACUGUGUCAUCAGAGACGCAAUCAACAGGGGCGACUUACCUGGGCCUCGAUACCUCGCAAACGGCAGAGAGAUGGCAAAAAGAGACAACGAGCUUUCGGCCGGAAUUACUGCUUACGCUGAUGGGCCCCUUGAGAUGAGAGAAGUUAUUAGACAUCACGCUGCUAUUGGUGUGGAUCAGAUCAAACUAAGCAUGUCCGGAGAAUCCAUCUGUGAAGCACGCUCGGCGGAGGAAUGCUUUUUCUCGGAUGAAGAGACCGCUGCCUGUGUGGACGAAGCGCACCGUCUUGGUCUGAGAGUGUGCUCCCACGCGCGAGCACGGGAUUCAGUCAUUCAAUGUGUUCGACAUGGAGUUGAUGUGAUCUAUCACGCUUCAUACACGGAUGAAGAAGGCAUGAAAAUGCUUGAGGAAGCGAGACACAAACAUGUUGUUGCUCCUGCUAUCAACUGGUUGUACACCACAGUCCACGAAGCCGAGCCGUUCGGAUACACUUUCGAUACAGCCGAACGAGUGGGCUACAAGAAAGAAUUGGAGGUUGCCAUCCAAACUUUGAAAGAGAUGCACAGACGGAGAAUACCCAUUCUCCCGUAA